UCCGCGCUGGUGAGGUAACCCAACUCUUCUACUUCCGCCCUUUCCCGACUGGUGGGCGCGGAGGCUUUGCGCCUGAGGUGAGGACGUUUUAGGUCCGGACAUCCAGCUUGGAAAGGCCUAAGUCUCAGCAUCUCUGGAACAAAGCAGCUCUUUUGUGGCAGAAAGGCAGGGACAAGAGUCCCAUCUCAGAGGAGCCACCCUCAUCAGAGCUUCGGAACAGAUGCAGAAGAACCCAGAAAGGAGCAGGUUAUGAUUUGCUCCAAGGUGAUUAAGAACUAGAUCUUAAUCACCUUGCCUAGACAGAGCCAGACUUGGUGAUGUCACCACAUCCAGAAUCCGUCACAGACUGUGUGACUGUGGAAACUGUGGAUCAGCUUGCAGAAGGUGCUCAUUCUUCACAGUUCUCUGCAUUCUCUCAGGAGCAGCAGAAAAUGAACAUAUCUCAGGCAUCAGUGUCAUUCAAGGACGUAACUGUCGAACUCACCCAGGAGGAGUGGCAGCAAAUGGGUCCUAUUCAGAAAACCCUCUACAGAGAUGUGAUGCUAGAGAACUACAACAACCUAGUCUCAGUGGGGAACUGCAUUUUCAAACCAGAGGUGAUCUUCAAAUUGGAGCAAGGAGAAGAGCCUUGGUUCUUAGAGGAAGAAUUCUCAAACCAGAGCCAUAAAGAAGACUACAGAGAUGAAAAUCUAAUCAAGAGGAACAAAAAUAUCAAAGAGAAACACCUGCAGCAAGUAACAUCUAUAAAUAAUAAACAGUUGCCUAGAGAGGAAGAAGAAGUUUUGAGAAAACCAUUUAAUCUGCACAUAGUUCCUGUUUCUUCAUCAAAAAUGUCCUGUAAAUGUGACUCAUGUGGAGUGAAUUCGCAAAGUGUUUCUCAGUUUAUCAUUAAUAGUAGAACCUACUUAACAAAAAAAACAGAUUGUUAUAAUGUAUGUGAAAAUUUGCCUUUCAAAAUUAAGCUUGAAAGAACUCAUACUGGAGAGAAAUUUUAUGAAUAUAAUAAAAAUCAGGAAACCCUCAGUUAUAAGGAAAAUCUUCCUGAACAUCAGAAGUGUCAAACAUUAAAGCAAGCUUUUGAAUUUAAUGGGAUUGGAAAAGCCUUAUAUGUUGAGGCUGCCUGUGUUAAACAUAAGAGUACUCAUACAGGACAACAAUCCUGUAAAGAUGAAGAGUUUAGGAAAAACUAUGACAAGAUAACUCUCUUUGACCACGAAAGAACUGGGACAGGGGAGAAACACUCUUAUCUUAACCAGUGUGGGAAAUCCUUCUGUGAGAAGUCAGCUAUCAAGGAAUACAAUAAAUUUAACAUGACUGUGAAACAUUGUGAAUGUGUUACAAGUGGGAAUAAUUUCAGCAGGAAGUCAUACCUUACUCAACCUCAGAGAACUCUCACAGAAGAGAAUCCAUUGGUAUGUAAUGACAGAACACAAACUGGAGAUAAACACUUUGAAUGUCAUGAAAAUAGGAAGUCUUACCAGAAAGCCCACAAAGUAUGCCAGAGAACUCACUAUGAAGUAAAACCCUAUAAAUGUAAUGAAUGUGGGAAAUCCUUCUGUCAAAAAGGACAUCUCAUUCAACAUCAGAGAACUCACACAGGAGAGAAACCAUUUGAAUGUAACGAAUGUGGAAAAACUUUCUCCCAGAAGUCACACCUCAGUACACAUCAGAGAAUUCACACAGCAGAGAAACCCUAUAAAUGUAAUGACUGUGGGAAAACAUUUGUCCAGAAGUCAACCCUCAGGGGACAUCAGAGAAUUCACACAGGAGAGAAACCCUAUGAAUGUUGUGAUUGUGGGAAAACUUUUGUUCAAAAGUCAACCCUCAAAGAUCAUCACAGAAUUCACACAGGGGAGAAAUCCUUUCAGUGUAAUGAAUGUGGGAAAACUUUUGGCCAGAAGUCAAACCUCAGAAUACAUCAGAGAAUUCACAGUGGUGAGAAAACUUAUCACUGUAAAGAAUGUGAAAAAUCCUUCUGGCGAAAAGACCAUCUCAUUCAGCAUCAGAAAACACACACAGGAGAGAAACCAUUUAAAUGUAAUGAGUGUGGGAAAACUUUCGCCCGGACAUCAACCCUCAGAGUUCAUCAGAGAAUUCACACUGGGGAGAAACCAUUUAAAUGUAAUGAAUGUGGGAAAAAAUUUGUCCGGAAGGCAAUCCUUAGUGAUCAUCAGAGAAUUCAUACAGGGGAGAAACCCUUUCAGUGUAAUAAAUGUGGGAAAACUUUUGGUCAGAAAUCAAACCUUAGAAUACAUCAGAGAGCUCACAGUGGGGAGAAAUCUUAUGAAUGUAAUGAAUAUGGAAUAUUGCCUAAGAAGUCAACCCUAAGUGUAUACCAGAGAAUUCAGGGAGGGCGAAAACCAAAUUGAUACAAUAACUGUGGAAAAUUCUUCUGACUAAGAGACCAACCUAUUUGACAUCAGAAAAUUCACAAAGGAGAAAAACCAUAUAAGUCUGAAUAUAGGAAGAAUUUUGCCCAAAAGGCAACUCCGAGAGUGUAUCAGAGAAUUCACACAGGAUUUCUUUCAGGGUGCUCUGGAAACCCUGUUGGAUGGAGUCAUGCCUUGUUAGAUAACUCAUAUCACAUGCGCUGGUAAUCUCAUUAGUAAGAAUUUCAUAGCUAAACUAAAUUUCCCUAUCUCCCUUUCAUCUAACUGGGGCUUUGUGACUGUCUAGUAGACUGAGAAUGCUCAUGUUGUAUGCCACACCUAGUUCUGACUUCCCUGGUCCCAGCAGUAUCUCAGUCAUACAUGGAAUAGUAGCAACUAUCCCUUAGAGAGGAAAUGUAUCCCCCACUUUGCUGCCUUAAGCAAAGCUGCUGGCUCAGUAGGACCCUCAACUCAUAAGUACUCUAAUUGGGCCUGUUUCGCUGAUGGUUUUGCUAGUUGAAACCUCUUGGACACUGUGACUGUUCAACCUCAGUGCUAUUAUGCAGACCACAAAACUAAUGUGGCUGCUCCUGUCACUGGGCAGAACACAAAGAUGUUCUCAACUCUAGCCAGUAUUCCCUCUGAUGAAACUUGGUGCAUUUUCAUUGACUCUUGGGUUCUUACUGUACCUAGCUAUCUGACAUGCCUGUUGUAAAACUAUAGGCUUAUGAAAGGACCCCUGUUUGGCACUGUGAACUGUGGGGGGGAAAUCACAGCUGCUGAGCACAACGUCUGAGUUGUUCAACUAGAUUCACAUGGUAAGAGACUAUUCUCUGAUAAAACUGACUGGAAUCAAGUUGCUGAUCAAGCCCCCACUACCCUGAUUCAGGAUUGCUACCUGAAUCCAUAUCAUACUGAUGGCAAAACAUUUACCAUCUUACCCUGGAUACAAAGUAAAGGUCUGUGUAUAUAUCCAGUGUUUCCUUUGAUGUUAUUUGAUACAAGAAUGUAGUUUUUUUCUUCUGGAUUAGUAGCUAGUGCUCCAUAUGCCAUUUGAUUAAUUCAUCCCUUUCCUACUGAUUUUAAAUAUCUUCAUAUACUAACUUGUCAUUUGUAAACAUACUGCAUAUAACUGACUACUCAUGACCAUAUUAGUAACAGAUUCUUCUUUUAUGAACAGGGAUGGCACAUACCUCAUAUGAGCCAAAAUACCCUGUCUUUCUGGCCUGAUACUGAAUGUUUCACUGAAGGGUAUUUGAAUCAAGUUUAGAAAAGGAGAAUACCUCCUAGGACUUUGGAAAUGAAACAUCACAGACCAGUUACAUUGUUACUCCAGAGCUGCCAGCAGCAUUGUGAAGAAGAUUCAACUGGGAUAAGAGAAAAUAAUGUCCAGUUAGUACUAUAUUCCCUGAAAAUCAAGAGAUUACUGUUUACUCCGUCUUUAUAAUUGUUGGUAAUAUAAAGUCAUUCUUUCAUAAAAUUCCUCUGUUUUCUUAAGAUAUGUAGAAUCAUCUCCUUUACACCCCCUUUCAUAUAUCAUCUUUUAGGAUUAUGAUUGGAUUUGCUAUUAAGUUCAGGACCAUCUACCCUCCAAGAUGGAACCAAUUCACCCAAGUGGCCUGAAUGGGAGGCCAGGUGACAAAGUCCCCUGAUGGCACUCAUGCUAUAUCUGCUGUCUCCUUGGUGGGGAAGCCUCUCCAGAUAAUACAUUAUCAACUGGAGACCAUGGUCUAUGCUGUAGUCACAAACGCUCCAUUCUCCCUGCCUGGUUCAUCUCCUUUCCAAGUAUUAACUUUUAUUCCAACAGAUGGGCGCCUUAUCUAGAGACACUGGCAGAGUCAAUUUUCUGUCUGCCUGCCUACUAAGGGUCUUCGAGCUAAUAAAAGAAGCCUCCAUGAAGGCAGGAAUUUUUAUCUGUUUUGUUCAUAACAUGUCCCUCUAUGUAUUGGGCAUUAAAAAAUUAUGAAGAGUCUCUCUACGUAUUGGGCACUAAAAAAUACUUGUUGAACAUAGAAUUAUAAAAGUGAUAUCUGAAAUUUUUUCCUUUUGAUUCUUCAAAUUAUAUUUUGAGAUUAUUCAUUAUUAUUAUAAAUAGUUAAGGAAAUUAUUGCUCUAAGCUCCCACUCAGACUCCUCUUUUGGAUAUUUUCUAAAAUUGCUAAGAGAAAACUCAAUAUUCAGAAGUAUUCAGAUCUCUUUCAGCCAAAACAAAAUUUAUUUUCAAUAAACUAGUAUUCCCAGUUCAAAAUUAUGUCUGCAUAGCUAUGUAUGGGUACAUAGCUAUAGCUAAGUACCAAUCAAAAAAAUUGUGCAUAACAAUAACAAUGAUAAAUUAGAUUUUCAGGAUCAAUCAAAUGGGAAGGCAAAAUAAUUAGUUCUUGGGGUCAUGUAUUCAUCAUAUCAUUAGUUCUGCUCAUUUUUACUUCCCAAUCAACUUCCUGACAGUUACAAGGAAAAGUUUUUUAUUUUCUCAGGUCCAAGAAUCUAUCUCCUAGGAGACAUGUCUGACCUCAAAAGAACAGGUAUAACAUCUGCUCUGACCUACCUCCACUUUUUGUUUUUCCUUGCCAGGUAUAUACUACCUCUUCUGUCACAUUAAAGGUCUCCCUAGAAGCCUAGCAGAAAUAGUAUAUUCUGUCCUUCUACCAAGGCAGCUUCACACUAUAAUGGGCGUGAAACAAAUUUGUUUUGUGGAGACUGCAGUCUCCAAGUACCAUUAACCUGCCUGAUCAACUGGCUAUUUUAGUGAUCUUCCAGUUUUCUAAGGAACUGACUGCCAACUGACAAAAGCAUAAUUAGCUUAAUUAUCAGCUAACUAGCUUGAUACACAAUAAACUGAGAAACUACUUGGAAUAUUACUCAGCCAUAAAAAAGAACAAAAUAAAGCCAUUUGCAGCAACGUGGAUGGACCUAGAGAUUGUCA